AAGAGGAAGUAAUAAUCUCUUUUCCUGAAAACUCACCCGCACAGGACCCUCUUACUUCCACAAUGCUCUUCCCACUGCCUCAACUGUUAAUUCACUCCCCUUUUUAAACCCUAAUAAUUAUUUUAUUUCCUAACUCACAGUGUCGCGCCGAUGGCCACUGAUGCCUCCCCAAAGUAUCGGACACCCGAUUUCCACCACCCCGAAAUACCCGAUAUCUCCGUUUCCAACCACGACGGCCUUCACUUCUAUCAAUACAUGAUAGCCGGUUCGAUUGCCGGCUCCGUGGAACACAUGGCAAUGUUUCCAGUUGACACGCUCAAAACCCGCAUGCAAGUGCUUACUGGGUCGUCAUGCGGUCUGACCCAAUCUAUCGGAGUACGUCAAACUUUCGGGUCUAUCUUGAAACUUGAAGGUCCAGCUGUUUUUUAUCGUGGUAUCGGAGCCAUGGGUCUCGGAGCUGGACCUGCCCAUGCAGUCUACUUCUCAGUUUAUGAGCUAGGGAAGCAGUUAUUAUCUCGGGGCGACCGGAAUAACUCGGCUGCCCAUGCCGCUUCUGGUGUUUGUGCGACGGUGGCGAGUGAUGCGGUUUUUACACCGAUGGAUAUGGUGAAGCAGAGAUUACAGUUAAAAAGUAGCCCUUAUAAAGGUGUUGGUGAUUGUGUGAAAAGGGUACUAAUGGAAGAGGGAAUUACAGCUUUUUAUGCGUCGUAUAAAACUACGGUUAUUAUGAAUGCGCCUUUUACGGCGGUUUAUUUUGCUACUUAUGAGGCCGCGAAAAGGGCAUUGAUGGAGGUGUCGCCAGAGAGCGCUGAUGAUGAGAGGUCGGCUGUUCAUGCUACUGCUGGUGCUGUAGCUGGUGGUUUGGCUGCUGUUUUUACUACUCCCCUUGAUGUUGUUAAAACUCAGUUGCAGUGUCAGGGUGUGUGUGGUUGUCGUAGAUUUUCAAGUAGCUCAAUUGGGAAUGUUGUUAGAACGAUUGUGAAGAAGGAUGGAUACCAUGGGCUUAUGAGGGGAUGGAUUCCCAGGAUGCUCUUCCAUGCUCCAGCUGCUGCGAUUAGCUGGUCUACUUAUGAAGCAGCAAAAAGCUUUUUUCAACAACUCAAUCAUGAUAACCAAGCUUAACUGACGUGCUUGCAAUACUCAUAGUGCAUCUCCGAGCACUGUUCAUCCAUCCCCUCGAUCUACAGUUUUAAUUUUUCAUGGUGCAGCUGUAUGUAAGCAUCAUUUACCCCAUACCUUACCAUUAUUUAUUUUAAAAGUUGCUGGUAAGUUAUGCUCAGAGAAGAAACCAAAAAAAAAAAAAAAACGAGAACCCAUUUCGAAUGUAAGUCAUCAAAAAUAAUUUAAAAAAUAAUGGUACAUGUAUAUCACAAACAUUGUUGCAAUCGGAUCAAUAAUACAAGUACAACAUUAGCUUCUA